AAUGAGGAUCCUUAUCGUCGUUUGUGUGUUCAUGGGCAUUUGUGCCGUUAGUGAAGGAUGUUCUUGUUUGGGACCGUUAACCAACAAAUCCUUUGGGUGCCGAAGUGACUUCAUUAUCAAGACAGAGGUCCUGAGUGAUAUGAGGGCGCUGGACCCAAAGGACCCUUUCAACAUGUACUUCAAGAUUCGAACACCCUCACAUAUUUACAAGUUUAAAGGUUCGAAGGCCGGAAUAAAUUUUGAACGAGUUUACACGGCAGAAAACAGUGCCAUGUGUGGUGUCACAUUAGACAAAGGAUUCACGUAUAUAUUGUCAGGCAAAAUUGAUACAACCACAAAACGGCUGACUUUGAAUAGCUGCGUGUCGUGGAUUGAGAAAUAUCCCAUUAGCCUGCAGUCUCGUGUGCUUUUAAAGCUGUUCGAGGAGAAGAAAGUUGAUUGUUCUCAAUUUUCCGAGCCAUAAAUUUUCAUCGUACACGACCAUCGCAGAUGCUUUUGCGUUGAACAAUAUUCGAAGAACGUGUGAUCGCAGUAUAUUUUGUUACCUUGAUGAAAUGUGGACAGUUUGUAUAUAUUAUUGAAUUCAUCUGUUUCUUUCUUUUGUGAAAAUACUUACAAUAUACAUUGUUUUUAUACUGUUCAGGUAAGUCGAAAUGCAUUAUGUAACAGGCUUUCAUUUCUCAUUUACGAAAGUUAUACUUUAAAGUCAAUCACGAGCGACUUCUUGUCAUUGUCGUUUUCAUGUAUUGCACUACGAAUAUGGAAAACCAUGUUAUCAAUAUAUAACAUGUAUGUUUAUAAUUAUAAAUCAAUAAAGUAUCACCGUGAAAGUUAAAGCUAA